GCUCCCUAAGCCACCCCUGCUUUCCCAAAUCCCCCUCUCUCCCCUCCUCUCAAAAGUUUCUUUACAGUAUUUUGAUCUCUUCUGUUUUAAAUACUGCCAUCUAUCUCAUUUCUUGUCCCCAACACAAAGAUAAAAAGCCUAUCUCCACACUUACAGUCAUCUCGCAAGCAUAUGCUCCUGUCAGCUUGUCAUUGCAUGUGAAAACAUUUGGAUUUUGUGAAGUGUGCUGUCUUUUCAACACGCGCUUUCAGCUACUUCAUCUUUUCUCUCUCUUUUUCUUGCAAUACUUUCUUAAAUUAUCUUGCUUGACUACCACAUUGACAAAUACCGAACAGAAAUAGUUAUUAUCAACUGGACAAAAUGUCUUUUCUUUCUACUGGGUCCCCUACAAUUAGCCGCAAGCAUUCUGAAGGGGGGUUUCUUUCCAAUGAUGGGGGCUGCGAGAUGCACGCCCUAGGCUUUGGACGCGAAGCAUCAGGACAUAAGCAUUUAAACACCCCCAACAGCCCUCCAGAUCCACUUGUAUCUUCUAAGCUUGGAAAUUCCCAACCCCCUGUUAGUGAAUAUGAAGAUACACCGUCAAAUAAGAAGCAGAAGUUGGAGCAUUCAAACUCUAUCACCGCCGUCGGUCAUUCUGAGAUGGAAAAAAUACUAGCCAAGCUUUCACCCAAGCCCCAAGCUUCUAGUGCGAGGCCUUCUGUAAACCAGGAGACCCUCACAAAGCUUUCUGGGCAGCAGGUUCUGCUGGAAAAACAAAAGCAUCUUCUGGCGGGAAAUAAUGCCAUCUCAACGGCUCAUAUGGAGACCGAUGGGUCGUCUACCGUGGCGCCACUGACUCUUGCAACUGAGUCGCUCCAGGAUUCUGCUCCACUAGAUGCCACUCAGCGUAAUGCCAAAAAUGUAGAUACCACCGAGUUUCUGCGGUUGAAGCAGGAGUUACUUGCCGCCAAUUCCAAAAUUGCCAUCCAAGAGCAAGAAUUAGCACAAACGCGGGUGAUCAAACAUACUCUCGACCAAGCCCUUGGACCCCCAUCUGAAGCUGACUUCAACGGACGCGAGGUUACCGAGCAGACCAUCAGUCAUCUACAGAACGCUUUCAAUGCAUCAAAUCACACUCUCAGUCAGUUUCAGGAUACAUGGAAUGGGCAAGAUGACUCACAGUCAGAUAUCUCCGAUGCUCUAUCUGCCGGGGCUUAUAACAGAGCUCGAGGGUUCUGGCCUCCCCCUGCUCAGCAGGUUUUUGGUAUGGAAAUCAAUCCGCUUCCUGAAAAAGCUUAUGGCGAUUCUUUACCACUACCUAGCGGUUCAGUUGGUCAAGAUCCAAGCAGAUUCUGGGGCGGUCCAGCUACAAACCCUAGCUUCCCAGGUAAUGGUUCUUUUCAGUCUCAACGAGUGCUUUCGGGCCCUUCCUCAAGUGCCGGUAACUUUGACGCACGCUGCACCGGGGAGCAGUCUCGAUACCUCGAAGGACCGGGCAUUGGGCCACGCCGUUCUAUUACUCAAGUGAAUCGUGCUGGGUCCUGCUUCCCAAUACAGAAUUCCCCCUGGGGCACUUUUGCCACUAGCCCUCCCCCAAGCGCCGUCCCUAGAUCACCUGCAAAUAGGGCUUGCAACACUUACCAACAGGUAGGGCUGUAUCCGAUUCCUGCAUACCAUCCACGGCCUGUCGGAGCACCACUAUCCCCGACGGCAACUGAAUUUACCACGACUAACACAAAUGGGAUACCUUGGACCACUUCAUCGGUCGGUGGGAAUGCCAUCCAAACAUACAUUUCACCCCUUGAGCCGCUUAAUUACCGUCGACUUCUGGACAAAAAUGUCUCAUGCGAUUGGAAAUAUAUUGUGGACAAGAUUGUCUGCAACAAUGAUCAACAAGCUUCAAUUUUUCUACAACAAAAGCUCAAAGUUGGAACAGCCGAGCAAAAAUACGAUAUCAUUGAGGCCAUUGUGAACCAAGCGUACCCUCUCAUGGUUAAUCGUUUUGGCAACUUCUUGGUCCAGCGUUGCUUUGAGCAUGGAACUUCCGAGCAGGUUGUUGCUAUUGCGAACGCAGUAAAAGGUAACACAUUGAGCCUUAGCAUGGACCCCUUUGGGUGCCAUGUAAUACAGAAGGCUUUCGAUUGUGUUCCCGAAGAGCAUAAAGCUGUUAUGGUUCAUGAGCUUUUACGAAGAAUCCCAGAGACCGUUAUUCACAGAUAUGCUUGUCAUGUGUGGCAAAAGCUUUUUGAAUUGCGUUGGAGUGGUGAACCCCCACAGAUCAUGGCAAAGGUAAACGAAGCGUUGCGUGGAAUGUGGCAUGAAGUUGCCCUGGGGGAGACAGGAAGCUUGGUGGUUCAGAACAUCUUUGAGAAUUGCGUAGAGGACGAAAAGCGCCCAGCAAUCGAAGAGGUGCUAGCGAAGAUUGACGUUCUUGCUCAUGGCCAAUUUGGGAACUGGUGUAUCCAGCAUAUCUGUGAACAUGGCGCCCCUCACGAUAAAAGCCGCGCAAUUGAGCAUAUAAUUCUCUGGUCUGUUGACUACAGUAUGGACCAGUUUGCUUCAAAGAUUGUGGAAAAAUGUCUUAAGAUAGGGGAGGCUGAAUUCCUGGAUCGUUACCUCUCUCGAGUGUGUACUGGCCGUGCCGACAGACCAAGGAUGCCAUUGAUUGAUAUCGCGGGUGAUCAGUAUGGAAAUUACCUUAUCCAAUGGGUUUUAAUGAACGCGGCGCCUCAUCAGAGAGAAUUAGUUGCAAGUCACAUCCGAAAGCACAUGGUUUCUCUACGUGGUUCUAAGUUUGGCUCCCGAGUAGCUAUGCUAUGUUGCAACCCAUCCCAUGCUACCCGUCCUGGACCAGGGGCUGGCAUGCAAAUUGGCCGUUUCCACAAUUUCAGUGAUGACAGAUUCCAGCUGGCGAGCCAGCCUGGAGGACGUUUUAGUCGCGGAAAUCAAUGGAACCCGAAUUACCCACCAUUCCGCUGAAUGUACCAACAUUGAGAUUCGAUAGAAACCGCUGUCGAUCGAAACCAGUCAAGGACGGAGAGCUCCGUAUGCAGCCAGGAAUCCAAGUUUUUAUAUUCACUUUGUUUCCCAUCCUAGGAUUCCCUUGGAUGUCCUUAGCCAAGAAGUAUUGACCUCAUAUCAGUUGCGCAGUCCUUCGCAUCUCCACCUCCAUUUAUGCUACUUCAUUGGUGCACCGUGCUCUCUCUUCAACAGAUUCAUCCUUUUUGUAUCGGCCCACCAUAAUUUCGUUUCAUUCUCUGAAGCAAGGAUUUGCUUUGAAGAUCGUUGAUAUUUCACGAGGGUACAGGAAAGUUAAUAGGUAUGUGAUACU